UAAAAUAUCGAUAAAAAUGGUGAAAAAGUUGUGGAAGUUUAAGUCCAUGGAUGAGGUGAACACAGCCGUGAACAUGGCCCUGAGGACUACCAUGUUUAACGAGCGGUGCCGGCGGUGGGAAAAGGUGAUAGGUGGAUAUCGACAUCUAUUUUGGAUGAUUGACCGUAAACACUUCCCAGAGGACUAUGAACCCCCGACCAACUUUCAAAUGUUUAUGUACGAAAUGUACUUCCACCUGGCCGUGGCCUACCAACACAUCGGUAAACAUAAACAAGCGAUUACCGAGCUCACCAACGCCAUAGAUAUAGUCUCAAUACCAAAGAAUGGUUGUUUAGCCGGCUGUCUGACCAACUCCUGUUUGAUGACACCAGUUUACGCACGGCGAGCGUUCGCCAACGCAAAGUCAGGGAAUAUGGUUUCGGCUAUGCGGGAUGCUGAGAAGACUGUCGUACUAGACAGCAUAAACCCUGACGUGUACUGCAUACGGGCCCUUGUCUAUAGCACCAAAACCUACGAGAAACAUGCUAAAAAAGAUCUAGAGCUUGCCCUGCGUUUAAACCCGACUCACAGUUGUUCGCUUAUGCUAUUGAAAUCAUUGAACCAGCCAGAGAUAUCAGCGUUUCACCACCUUCAGGAGAUUAUGAGGCAUGGUGCUGAUCCCAAUUCCUAUAUGAAUGUGAACAGUUUCGCUCAUCCUUGUGUGACCGAGUUCUUCGAUAAGAUGUUGUUUGGACUCAGUGUGCCCCACACACUUACCCAUGUAGACCUGACGCCUGACAAACCAAGCAAGACAUCAAUGGAAAAUGAAGCCCAAAAUCGGACCAAGGAUUCCCGCCCUUCUUCGAGUCGUUCCAAGGUGGAACCGUUUCGCUGUGGAACCCCUGUGUCGGAGCAAAACAAGAGCUCUCUGAGACGCCGGAAAGACUAUGGCGCCGCCCUUCAGAAACACAUUUCUCGGCCUAAAACAUCAGCAGAUUUCUUCGCUAAUUUUGAAAAGGAAAGACGAUUGAAGGCAGUUCAAGACGCCAUUGAACGGAGAGCAGCAUCCGCUGACGGUAUGUCACGUGUUCAGACUCCAUCAACGAAAAUCUCGCGUUCAACGAGAGUGCCACAAGCAACAAAGACAACAAACUUUGAACCUCAGCUGAAAGCUGACAAACGCAAUAGAGAAAACGAGGAGUUUGAGAGCAACAACAAAAAGAAUGCAUUUAUAAUGAAUAUGCCGACAUCGUAUACAAUACCCGUUUUUCAGUCCACAAAUAUCAAAGAAGCGCCUAGAAUGUAUUAUAAACCUUGGAAAGGCGACAGAUUACCUGUUGUUGAGCUGAUUAAGCGACAAACUACACCUGUGUUUAAAUAGAUGGUCUUCGUAAUACUCCAUCAAUAUGUAAAAAUAACUAUCUAUAAAUUAUAUGAUACGACAUUGUUCAUCCAAUUCAUUCAAAUCGAAGAUCUUGAUUUUCGGAUGCCUGUUUUAGAGUGUGUUAUGGUAAUAUCUGUUACAUUCAUUCCGAUAUACUUUUAGGAUUUAAAAUAACGGUUCUUUUGUUAAUUUAUCAAUGAACUUUAGUCGGAUAGAAUAAAAAGAAAACGCCACACUCUCUAGCUGUUCUGUUGUUAUAUAUUGACAUAUAUUUUAAUACGUUGUUUAUGUAAUUGUCGUCCCAAAUAAAUCAUAACUAGU